GUCCAUCAGUGCUCCUUGCAGACGUCGGGAUGGCGGGGCGUAUCAAAACGAUCUUCCUGCUAUUCCUUCUUAUUGCUUUCGUGAUAAAAAAUGGCUGCAGUGCAUAUCUUGAAAUGGAUGUGGACAUAACCGAACUAUCACAAGCUCUGUCCCUAAUCACGAAGUACCAUGAAAAGUAUAAAGGAAUGGCGGAAAAUAAUAUAGACAACCUCAUUAAGACUAACCCUUCAAUAGAAAAGUUGAUGGUGAAAGCCAAAGGACUGCUGCAAAUGAGGCUGUUAGAAUGGGCAGACGUGGUUGGUCAGAUAGCGCUGAUCGACCAGCAGUUGAAUAGAUUCGUGAAGGAGAACCAGGAGUUGGAAUCCGACUUGCUAGUGGACUAUGCUGAUUGGGUGGUGUCACAUGACCAUGCAGCAGUUGUGGGACUUAUGGAGAGGAUGCGAUCGCUGGUCAGCCCACUGUUCAGGAGCCAAGGACUUCUACAACUAACCUAUAAGUUUACGGUACCCGCCAUGUCCGUUCGACGCUUGCGCAGCUUUCGCGUCCUUCUUGUUCUACUCGUAUUCGCGAACACAUCGCGUGCACUCGUUGACGAGGUCCUCGACGUCCUCAAACUAGGUAAAGAAGUGGGUGAAGAGGUGCUCAACUCCUGGGAUGUGUUCGGGAAACCUUUCAAUGCGACCGGUGGGGUGGACCUGCCGGUGGUCCGCCGACGAGAGCGGGAGAUUUUGGCGCGACUCGCGGUCGUCUCGCGAUCGAUAGAAAAACUCGAAAUUAGUGUACAGAAAGUUGGUGAUGUAGCGUUAUUCUUAGCAAAGAAGGGAAACAAGCCGACUAGGCUGGAGCUGCGGCUGCACGAGAUGUCAGACCUGCUGAAUCGUGUCGCUUGGUCCAACAGACAGAUGCGGGAGUACGUGGGUCAGCAGGAGAAUCUGGAGCAAAGUACUUUGCAGGACUUCGCGGAAUGGUGUGUGUCGCAUGACCCUGGCGCACUGCCGGGGCUGCUGGAGAGGGUGCAUGCGUUGGUGGUUCCUCCACAUAAAAACUUGUUGGGUCGAGGCUUAUUACAGCUGAUUAUGGAUGACUUGAAGGUUAGUACAGAUAAGAAGAAAGUUUUACUUAAAAGCAAUGCUUGUUCAAAUAAUGCGUAA